CUGCCGCCGCUUUUGCGUUGAAAACCAAUAACACGCUGAUGCAAAACUUUUGCACCAAUUAGACACUGGUGCAAACGAUUAGACCCACAACAAUAACACGUGCCCAUAUAGUUUGGAAGUUGAUGCUGUUGGGGUUCAUAUCACUGUUAUUAUCUGUUUGUCAAUCUAGAAUUGUCACGAUUUGUGUGGACGAGGAUAUUAUGAAACACUUUCUUCCUUGCGCAUUGAACGAGAAAAAUCACCCAAGUUUUUUUCGCCAUUUGCUAGAAGACAAAGAAACAUCAUCCGGUGUUUGUGCUCAAAAGAAUCAGGUGCCACUGAUAUCCACCGAGGCAUUGCAUCAUCUACACAUCUUUAUUUUUGUACUUGCUAUUGUGCAUGUGACAUUUUCUGUUCUCACUGUUAUAUUUGGAGGGGCUAAGAUAAGGCAAUGGAAGAAAUGGGAAACGUCUAUCAAAGAAGAAUAUUCUGAAACCCCAAAAGCUGGCAAGGAGUUCACAAAUGUUAGAGAUCAUGAUUUCAUCAUGAAACGCUUUAUGGGUCUUGGCAAACGUAAGGAGGCUUUAGGUUGGCUGAAAUCUUUCUUCAAGCAAUUCUAUGGAUCAGUGACCGAACCAGAUUACAAUGCUCUACGACUGGGAUUUAUCAUGACGCAUUGCAGGGGAAACCGGAAAUUCAAUUUUCACAAAUACAUGAUGCGGGCCCUCGAAGACGAUUUUAGGAAGGUUGUUGGUAUCAGUUGGUAUCUAUGGAUAUUUGUGAUCAUAUUCUUGUUGCUGAAUAUUGACGGCUGGCAUACAUAUUUUUGGAUAGCUUUUAUUCCCUUCAUGUUGUUACUUGCUGUUGGAACCAAACUAGAACAUGUAAUCAUACAGUUGGCUCAUGAGGUUGCUGAGAGACAUGUAGCCAUAGAAGGGGAACUGGUAGUGAAACCUUCAGAUGAACACUUUUGGUUUCAUCGACCAAAGAUCGUUCGUCAUUUUAUACAUUUUAUCCUUUUCCAAAAUGCGUUUGAGAUUGCAUUCUUUUUCUGGAUACUCGUUCAAUUUGGCCCCCAUUCAUGCAUAAUGGGGAAAUUGAUUUACAUUAUCCCAAGACUCAUUAUCGGGGCAUUUGUUCAAAUUCUAUGCAGUUACAGUACUCUACCACUUUACGCGCUUGUCACACAGAUGGGAAGUAAUUUCAAGAAGUCGAUGUUUGAUGAGCAUGUACAAGCAGGUCUUAUUAGUUGGGCCCAGAAAGCCAAGAAAAAGAAGCCUGUAACUGGCACCACCAUCUUUUCACGCUCAGUUGGAUCAUCUGGUGAUGCUGGUGGUCAACGUGACAGUCGUGGUGAUGCCGAGCUGAAAGGCAUUCAUAUUGCUUCAGAUUCACAAUCGCGUACAACAAAUACAUGAACUUUAGUAUCAUAUUCCGCCGUGAAAUGGUCAAUAUGAGACUGUAACAUGAUGUGUCUCACUGAGCACCCCCCGUAGAUAACAUAACAUCCUAAUCAGUGAUAGAUAACCGAAUCAUAUGGACACAUGACACAAAUGGUUAUAAGUUGGUAUAUCAUUGUUAAUAUUUGUGAUGAUGUUUAGAACAGUUUGUAACAUUAUAC